UUGAAACAAGUGAUGGUAAGAUUUGUUCAACGUUGGACGGCUGAGAAAUCUAGGACUCUGUUUUCUUAUAACACACUCGCACAGACACUCUCUCUCUCUGUCUUGCUCUGUCUCUCGGAAGAUAAAACCUAAACGCAAAGUUCAAAUUAACCUACUUCACCAACAAAGAGCCCAGGAUGGCAGCAACAUCUGCAACUACUUUUUCUGCUGGAUCAACAUUGUCAUAUGGCUCCAAAGCAAGUCCACUUUCACAAUCAAAGGUCUUUAGUGCAAGAUGCAACAACCUUAAAAGUUUCAGUGGCCUUAAGGCAGUUGCACCUAUAGGCUGUGACUUGGACUCAUCUUUUUCGGGAAAGAACAGCAGUGCAGCGCUUCGAGCAUCAUUUGUAAGCAAGUCCCAAAGUCCAAGCCAGAGGGCUUCUGUUAACCCUCAGAUCCAGGCCUCCUUCAAGGUGGCAGUUCUUGGAGCUGCAGGUGGUAUAGGCCAGCCACUGUCACUUCUCAUAAAGAUGUCCCCGUUAGUUUCAUCCCUCCAUCUUUACGAUAUAGCAAAUGUUAAGGGAGUUGCAGCUGAUCUUAGUCAUUGCAACACUCCCUCUCAAGUUUUGGAUUUUACUGGACAGUCGGAAUUAGGCAAUGCACUGAAAGGCGUAGAUGUGGUAGUCAUACCUGCAGGAGUUCCAAGGAAGCCUGGUAUGACCCGUGAUGACCUGUUCAACAUUAAUGCUAGUAUAGUGAAGAACCUGGUAGAGGCUGUUGCUGAUAAUUGCCCGAAUGCUUUCAUUCAUAUCAUCAGCAACCCAGUCAAUUCCACCGUGCCCAUUGCUGCAGAAGUUUUGCAGCAGAAGGGUGUUUAUGAUCCAAAGAAGCUGUUUGGUGUGACCACUUUAGAUGUUGUGAGAGCCAACACAUUUGUUGCUCAGAAGAAAAACCUAAGGCUUAUAGAUGUUGAUGUCCCAGUUAUUGGAGGACAUGCUGGAAUCACCAUUCUGCCAAUACUGUCAAAGACAAAACCUUCAGUCAGUUUCUCUGAUGAAGAAGUGCAAGAGCUAACAGUCAGGAUCCAAAAUGCUGGAACAGAAGUUGUGGAGGCAAAAGCUGGGGCAGGAUCUGCUACACUUUCCAUGGCAUAUGCUGCAGCAAGAUUUGUGGAGUCCUCUCUCCGUGCUCUUGAUGGAGAUAGUGACGUUUAUGAGUGUGCUUUUGUCCAGUCAGAGUUGACUGAACUUCCUUACUUUGCAUCAAGGAUUAAACUGGGAAAGAAUGGGGUGGAAGCUGUUAUUCAAUCUGACCUCCAAGGAUUGACUGAAUAUGAGCAAAAAGCUCUUGAAGCCCUGAAACCUGAACUGAAGGCCAGCAUUGAGAAGGGCAUAGCUUUCGCCCAGAAGCAACCAGUGGCUGCUUGAAACUGAUAUACAACAUAUAGAGAAUAAUACAGAGUUUGGCAUAAUGAGAUGAACUCGACAGUAGUGCAUAAGCAUCAGUUUUUUCAGAGUACUCCGGCAAUUUUGAUAUACCAGUCUUGUAUAACUUUAUUCUUAUGGGCAAGAGCAUGUAGCCAAUCUAGGCACUGACUGCCGUGUCGCAUGCUAAAUCUGGAUAAUUAUUUUGUUCCCUUGUGUUA